AUGACUAAGCUCUACAUUUGUCCUGAUACGGGCUCGGAUGAAAAUGACGGAAGUGAAGAAAGACCCCUAGGCACUCUUUUGCAGGCAAUGAUGUUGUCAAAGAACUCAGGCGAGUUCUUAGUCCGAACCAUCAAUGUUGACGGUACAAAAUCAUGGGAGCCGGCAGCCAAAGCCGCUAUCAAGAAAAAUUUGAAAAAAUACGAAGCCGAGCUGAAGAGGGCUGGGAAGGCAGCUGAACGGGUCAAGGAACAGGAAGCAGCUUCUCGUGCAGCUUUAGAGGAAGCUAGAAAGAUCACCUUCUCAAUGGAUAAGUCGCUGCCUGUGGCUACACUUGUGAGGAUCUCAGAGUGUAUUAAACAUCGCGACCUACGUGUGCAUUUGAAGGCAUGGGUGCAUCGCUUACGAAGGCAAGGGAAGUCGCUAAUGUUUUGGGUUCUUCGUGACGGUUCUGGUUACCUACAGUGCGUUCUUAACGACGUUUUGUGUCAAACUUAUGAUGCCGUUACGCUGAGUACAGAGAGUUCAGUCGAAGUUUACGGUACUGUCAGAAAGGUGCCUGAAGGAAAGCAAGCGCCUGAUGGUCAUGAGUUAAUCGUGGAUUAUUGGAGCUUGAUUGGGUCAGCUCCACCUGGUGGCAUCGACAACGUCCUAAAUGAAGAGGCAGGAGUUGAAGUGAUGUUGGAUAACAGGCAUCUUGUUAUACGUGGAGAGAAUACAUCUCGUAUUUUGCGUAUAAGAGCCGCAACCACUCGAGCAAUGCGCGAACAUUUCUAUCAUGCCGGCUACACUGAGGUCUGUCCACCAACGCUUGUGCAAACUCAGGUCGAAGGUGGGGCAACUCUGUUUGCCCUCAACUUUUUUGGCGAGCAGUCUUACCUCACCCAGUCCUCCCAGCUAUACCUUGAAACAUGCAUUGCGUCGCUUGGAGAUGUUUACUGUAUUGCGCAGUCAUAUCGCGCUGAGAAAUCACGUACACGUCGCCAUUUGGCCGAAUAUGCGCAUGUUGAAGCAGAAUGUGCAUUUAUCACCUUCGAUGAGCUUAUGGCUCGUAUUGAGGAUAUUGUCUGCGAUACGGUCGAUCGGCUGCUGACUGAUCCGACUAUCAGAAUUCUUAUCGAUCAUGUGAACCCGGAUUUCAAACCUCCGAAACGGCCGUUUCGACGCAUGACUUACUCCGAGGCUAUCAACUGGCUGGUGGAACAUGAAGUACGUAAUGAGCAUGGUGAGAAGUUCGUUCAUGGGGAUGAUAUCGCCGAGGCAGCUGAGAGGAAAAUGACAGACACAAUAGGAGAGCCAAUUCUGCUCAACAGGUUCCCUGCAGGUAUCAAAUCGUUUUACAUGGCACGAUGUAAAGAGGACAACGGACUUACAGAAUCGGUAGAUCUUUUGAUGCCAGGUGUUGGAGAAAUAGUUGGAGGUUCUAUGCGUAUAUGGAACCUGGAGGAGCUACAUAAAGCCUUUGAUGGAGCAGGAAUCGAUGCGAAGAACUAUUUCUGGUACACUGAUCAAAGGAAAUACGGAUCUGCACCUCAUGGAGGUUACGGUCUAGGAUUGGAACGGUUCAUAUGUUGGCUGACCAAUUCGUAUCAUAUUAGAGAUGUUUGCUUGUAUCCUCGGUUUAUUGGGCGAUGUGCGCCUUAA